AUGUUGAUAACUUAUUUGAUUUUGUUGUUCCUGCUUACCAUAGUAACGGCAGACAACUAUUUCGUUACUUUGAAAGAAGGUGAAACUUUUGAAGAUUUUUAUGCUAGUGAUUAUAAGUAUCCUGAAGAUUUGAGAGUCAAAGAUUUGAUUGCAAAAACUUUCUCAAUUGGGAAGUUCAAAGGGUUUGUGGGUGACUUUUCCAAAAAAAUGUUGGAGAGAUUGAAGAAAUGUCCUUAUAUCAAUGAAGUGUCUCCUGAUAUUGAAAUUCAAUCAUUAGAUGUUGUUUCUGAAAAAUAUCCUCCACGGCAUCUUGGAAGGAUUUCCCAAAGAAAAAGGUUGAAGAAGAAGUUCAAGUAUUUAUAUGAUACAGAAGUUUCUGGGAAAGAUGUAGUGGCCUUUGUGAUUGAUUCUGGAGUCUAUACGGGACAUCCUGAAUUUGAAGGAAGAGCAAGGUCGGGUGUUGAUUUGACAGGCGAUGGUCCAGGAGAUAAAAAUGGGCAUGGAACUCAUGUGGCAGGAAUAAUUGGUUCUAGUACUUACGGAGUGUCCAAGAAAGUAAAUAUUGUAGAGGUCAAAGCAUUGGCAGAUAACGGCAAUGGAAGCUUGAGUAAGAUUAUUGCUGCAGUAGAAUUUUGCAUUAAUUAUUUGAAAAAAAACGGUAAGCUUGGUGUAGCUAACUUAUCCUUAGGAUCAUCUGCCAAUAGUAUUCUUAAUAUGGCUAUAGAUUCAGCUGUCGAUGAUGGACUUAUAGUAGUUGCAGCAGCAGGCAAUGCAGGUAAAAAUGCUUGUGCUUAUAGUCCCGCCAGUGCUGAAAAGGCGAUUACUGUGGGGAGCAUUGAUGACCGAACUGACAAUUUGGCUUUCUUUUCUAACUAUGGACCUUGUGUGGAAAUCCUAGCUCCUGGUGUGAACAUUGCUAGUGUUAAUUUUAACGAAACUUCAGUAAAAUACUUAUCUGGCACUUCAAUGUCCAGCCCAAUAGUUACCGGUAUUGUGGCCAACCUUCUCAGUGCUGGAGUUCAUCCUACAGACAUAAGAAGAAAAUUACUCUCUUCAGCUACUGAAGGAAAAGUUAAAAAGGUUUCUUUACUUCUUAAAGCUAAAACUCCUAAUUUGAUUGCAUUUUUAGAUACUCCCAUCACCGAAGGAGACUCUGAAUCCGAUGUAGAAAUCGAUGAUGAAGAUUAA